AUGGUCUGCUGCAGCUACCGAGGCUUCUGGAAUUCUAAAGGUCGGCCAUCAGAGAAAGGCAUCGCCAUGGAUGCUGCGGCUUCUUUGGAAUGGAUCAGAGACCAUUUCCUCCAGCAAGGCGGCAACCCUACAGAAGCCAUCCCCGUUGUGAUAUGGGGCCAAAGCGUCGGCGCAGGAAUAGCCACGAACCUCUCCGCCCGACAGCAUCUCUUCUCGAAGUACAACCUCGCUCUCGACACCUUGAUCCUCGAAACUCCAUUCAUCAGUGUCCGAGCUAUGCUAGAGACUUUAUAUCCACAAAAAUGGUUGCCGUACAGGCAUCUCUGGCCGUUCUUGUGGAAUCAUCUGGACAGCUAUGAGGCUCUGGGGGUGAUGAAGCAGAGCCUCAAGGAUGCUGGCAUGGAAGCCCCCAGGACUCUGAUCCUUGAGGCCGGCAAAGAUGAGCUUGUUCCCAUUGAACAUGGCGACGUCCUCUUGAAGAGAUGUUUUGAGCUUGGGCUUCAGGUUGAGAAGAAGUUGUUGUGGAAGCCAUCGAGGAAGUUGGCCGAUCGUCGAUAUCACGUGGGCAUAAAUCGCAACAACAUUGCAAUUCCGAUUAAAUUCCGAACUCUUGAAGACGAUGAGUCGAUACUCCUUGGCCUUCCUGGCUCCUUUGUUGACACCAGGCUAGUCUGCUGCAACAAAGAAUACUUUGGCGCGGCAAAGCCUUUAUUCCAGUUUAUGACUUCUUUCGCUUUGUGUUUCUCCCUUACAUAUUGCGAUCUCGUGCCUGUCGGUAAUAAUCAAAUUCAUAGUCACUGGUCUGGUGGCUCUUGGAACAUCAUGGGUUCAACUUUUUAUCCUAAUUAUAUUGCUGAAUGGAAACAAUGGUUCAGAUUCAACAACCCGAAUGCAAAUGCCGCUCCCUUCCCUGCCAACGCUGUCAUCAUGGCACAAUUGCAAGGUUAUGCUGCACCCCCGGCGCCAGUGGUUGCAGCAGGUCCCAACCCAGCACCACCUAUUGUUCCGCCAGCUUUACCCAUAUUCGGAGCCGGUCCGCCUGCAGCUCCACCGCCAGCUGUUGUUCUACCUCCUAGACCAAGGCCCGGCCCAAGGGUCCCUGCCGUGGCAUUUGUGCCAUCCCCUGCUCAGGCAGCUAUGCUUGUGGGAGGAACAGGUCCCCGGGCGUUCGGAAACACCUUCAUACCUGACUGGAGGGCAGUCAAGAUUCUUGGGGCCGGUGGCAACGGAGUCGUUGCGUUAUGGGAAUACAUAGGAUUGCCUGUCAAUCGGCCGCCCGGCAUAGCGCGACAUAACAGGGUAGCCGUGAAGACCGCGACAAAUUUUCAAUUUCCGCUAGAUGAAGAAGUUGAUUUCAUGUGGAAAUUGAGUCGAUCUGGUAAUUGCGAACAUCUUGUGCAAUUGUUGAAAUACCCAGCGGAGAUUAUGGACCCUGCGCGGAUAGCAGCUGAAGGCCUUCACCCUCUAUGGAACGGGCGUAUCCGGCGACUGAUUAUGGAGUACUGUCCUCAAGGCUCCCUUGAGGACCUCCUCCAAGCGCGUCGUGCCCGAAAUUUGCUGUUCGCUGAAGUCACGCUGUGGCACAUCUUCGACUGUCUGAUCGAUGCGUGUAGUAUCAUGGAUUUCCGCACAGAGCUUACGCUUGACACCGGUGGCCAGGCAGUCAUCCCCCAAGGCUACCCUGAAGGCAAUGAAAUUGCAAUCCAUUUUGACGUGAAGCCUGCAAAUAGUGAUCGUAACCCAGGUCAUACGACAAUGCCAGUAUACAAGAUAGCUGACUUCGGGGUUGCCCUGUGGCUGUUGAGAGGAUUGGGUCUCAUGGCUCCCCAUCCCACUUACCAAAUGAACCAACAGUGGCGGAAUCGAGGAACGUGGGCGUAUAGGGCUCCCGAACAAUUCUCUCCAAGGUGGAAUUUUGGUGACUACAACAUGUCACCAGUCUGCGGCCAAUAUGGAUCCGCAACCAACGUGUGGCAGAUAGGACAAAUCAUGUAUGACCUGCCUCACCCAGGGCGUAGCAGAAGUGCACAUGCCCUUUCGACCUGCGUACACGAUCGAUGGGGCACCAGCCUUGGGAAACAUAUUCGGCACCAGGCUCGAAGGCCAGCCUCAGUACUCCAAGCAGCUGAAAGACAUGAUCCACCAAUGUCUCUACGAGAUCCCCGGCUUCCGACCCUCUCUCGUCGAUCUCAAGACGAGGGUUGCCGAGCGCCUGCAGUUCUUUCUGGACCUCGAGACGCCCGCCGAGCCGUGGGAGGAUUUGGGUCGCCCGGAACCUAUGCCCCCCGGACAACCGGUGCCUCCAGCCGUCGGCCUAGCUGUGCUGCAGUGUACCUGUCUGCGCCAAGACGCAAACAUGGCUCGGUGCAAAAAAAGAAAACGAGUGCGUGCCGACCAUCCGCGGCCCCGUUGCUUCGCCCAUAA